AGCGGUCAGUUACGUGUCUGAACUGAAACUGUCAAGAUGAAAUCGCUGGUGGUGCUCUCUGUGGUGGGUCUGGUGGUGCUGGCGAUGUCGGCCGGUGGAGCCAACGGGGAACGGGCUGACUGUGAUAGCUCCAAGAAGCCGGAGGACAGCGACUUCACACACUUCUUCAAGAACCUCGGCUGCAAGGUCAAGCAGGGGGCAGAGGACGUGGCGGAGGCGGCCAAGCCCUACACAGACAAGAUCAGCGACGGUGCCAAGGACCUCGGCCAGUCGGUGGCUCACCAGUACGAUGUCCUGAAGCACAAACUCUCCGACGAGGGCUCGACAACCCCUCGCAGUGCCGUGCCCUACGACGCCCCCACCGAGAAGGUGCUUCUGGCUCCCAUCGCCCCUUCACCUCCUCCGGCCCUGUGAGGCCCGUCUUCCGUCUAGCCCUGCCGUUGGUUAAGGUAACCUUCCGUGCACCUUAUUCCAGGCGGACCAGAACGGACCCGGGUCUCAGCCUCUGACAGUGGAGGAUUGCAUAAGAUGCCUUUGUUUUCGCUCUGAAUUUUUUUGAAUUUUUUUCAUGUGAUGUAUUUGAAAAUAAACACUCAACAAAAGUUGAAA